UUCGCCUGAUUCAGUUGAUUCAGUAGCCAGAUUGAACCCGUUUGUGCAACAUCGCAGACUGUGAUAGUUGGUAUAAUAUAUUAUGUCAAAGAUUGAGAUUUUAUGAUCGAGGGAAAUUAAGUAUGAAUUCUUCGUUGGAAAAGCUGGAAGAAGUUCGAUCAGAUGGCAACAUUGCCACAAAUGAUGAGGAUGAUUAUGAUCCAUUCAAACACCGGCAAACUCGGAAGCCCAACACCUCAACCGAAACGCUAAUCCACUUCAUAAAAGGAGCACUUGGAACGGGAAUCCUGGCUAUGCCAUUGGCUUUCAAAAAUGGCGGUUUGGUAUUUGGAGUAGUGGGAACCAUCUUUUCUACCAUUGUUUACACACAUAUCGUUCAUUUAUUGGCCGGUACCUCACAAAGAGCAUGCAAAAGAAGCAAAAUACCCGUUUUGGACUUUUCGGAAACGGCUGAGCAGGUCUUAGCCGGAGGACCUCUGAGAUUCCGAAGAUAUGCUGGAACGGCCAAAAUCUACGUUGACUACAUGCUACUGAUCGUGAGAUUUCUCUCGGUCUCCGUGUACUUGGUGUUCAUUGGAACCGCCCUGCGGGACGUGAUCAACUACGAGCUGCAGAUCAGCUGGGAUACCCGGGUAUACAUCGGCCUAACCACGAUCAUCAUCGCUGCGAUCACGCAGGUUCGCGAGCUCAAGUACCUGGUUCCGUUCUCGCUGAUCGCCAACGUCUUCAUGGUGGUUGCGUUUGCGAUCUGUCUGUACUACAUCUUCAGUGAACCCGUUUCGCUGGAGAACCGCGAACACUGGCCCGAACUGAGCGCCCUGCCGACGUUCUUCAGCAUCGUGGUGUACGCGAUCGAUGCCAUAGCGAACGUGCUGCCGGUGGAGAACAAGAUGAAAGAUCCGCAGCAUUACCUGCACGCGUGUGGGGUGGUCAACUGGGCAAAUGGAACCGUGACGAUCAUGUACAUCGUGAUCGGAUUCUUCGGGUAUGCGAGGUAUGGAGAAGAUACGAAGGGAUCCGUCCCGCUGAAUCUUCCCAGUGAUGAGUUGUUGGCCAAAUCGGCCCAACUGCUGGCAGCACUGGCGAUCCUCUUUACGAUCGGUCUCUUUUUCUACGUCCCGAUCGAGAUCUUGUGGCGCAUGAUCAACGCCAAAAUCGAUCCGAAACGGCACAAUGUGGCCCAAGUCACCCUGAGGUUAGGAGUUGUAGCGGUAAUGGCCAUUCUGGCGUUGACCGUGCCCCAGUUGGAGCCGUUUAUCGGACUGGCUGGAGCGUUGGGAUCAGGAUCGCUUACGUUGCUGGUCCCGGUGCUGCUGGAUACGUUGUUUCGGUGGCCGAACGACUUCGGCUGGAUGAAGUGGAAGCUGGUGAAGAACGUGGGGCUGGGUAUUUUUGGGACGUUUGUUCUUGUUGCGGGGACGUGGUUUAGUGUGUUGGACAUUGUAGAGAUUUAUACAUAAAUUUGUUGAAAUAUUUUAA